AUGUUGAGAAGUCUUCAACCAGACUCCGGUUACAGAAUCAUCUUAGUUUUGAGACUGUCUUCUCUGUUAAUUUUCUUUUCUUCAGUUGUGAGUGUUCAUGGUUACCUUUCACGAGCUCAUAUGUUCAUAUAUGCAGUCUGUUCUCAAGAAAAAUACCAACCCAACUCACCCUUUGAAGGCAACCUUAACAGCUUUCUGUCUUCAGUGGUCAGUUCAUCCUCUGAAGUAACAUACAACAGCUUUGCUAUUGGAAAUGGAAGCUCAACACCACAAGAGGGAAACGUAUACGGGUUAUACCAGUGCAGAGGUGAUUUGCACCCAAUUGACUGUUCAAAGUGUGUGGGAAGAUCUGUUAACCAAAUAGGGUUGGUAUGUCCCUAUGCUCUUGGGGCUUCUUUGCAACUUGAAGGCUGCCUUGUAAGAUAUGAACAUAGUGGUGAUUUCCUUGGCAAAGUGGACACCAGUCUCAGGUUCAAGAAAUGUAGCAAAGGUGUGACUAGUGAUGUUGAGUUCUUCCGGCGUAGAGAUGAUGUUCUAGCUGAUUUGCAAACAGCUAAUGGAUUUAGAGUCAGUAGUUCAGGCCUAGUUGAAGGGUUUGCACAGUGUUUGGGGGAUUUAAGCAUAUCAGAUUGCUCCUCUUGUCUUGCAGAUGCAGUUGGAAAGCUGAAAAGCUUAUGUGGAUCAGCUGCAGCAGCUGAUGUGUUCUUGGGACAAUGUUAUGCUCGGUACUGGGCAUCUGGUUAUUAUGACGAAUCAGAUUCCUCCGACAAUGACCAAGUCGGAAAAUCAGUUGCCAUUAUCGUGGGAGUGUUUGCAGGUCUUGCCGUUCUAGUUGUACUCCUCUCAAUUUGCAAAAAAGCAGCAGGUAAGCAUUUUCCUUUCCUAAAAUGGCGAUUACCACAUAUAUAUUAUGAAAUGAAUUAUCAUUGA